AUGGAUAUCCCUAAUCCCCCGGAAGAUCUUGAACAAAAAAAUAUAAUUGAUAAAUUGGCCAAUUUUGUAGCCAGAAAUGGGCCAGAAUUUGAACAGAUGACUAAACAGAAACAAAAGGACAAUGCCAAGUUCAGUUUUCUGUUUGGUGGUGAAUAUUACCAAUACUAUCAAUAUAAAGUGAAUGCUGAAAGAUCAGGUAAGAGCCACCCUUUUCAAGAAGUACCUGCCCACCCUGGACUCCUACAAAGUACUCACAUUCUUCCUGAUGCUGGUCCAAAUUUCCAUUAUCAAGCCAAUGGCUGUCUCGUCCAUGUUCCAAGACAAGACAAACCACAAGAUGCACUCAAGCAACAACAAGCAUUAGUGCAGCAUGCAAUGUCCCAGCAGGUCAUUCCUCCAACUGCUCCAUGGCAGGCCACUCCACCGCCUGCUGGAGGUCCUAUGGCCCCACUGCCUCAGGGUCCCCCAGCAGGAGCUCCACAGACUCCACUCUCAUCGUUGCAACAGCAACUUCAACAGCAACUUUCACAAAUGCAAGAACAAAUAAAACAAAGUGAGCAAAAUCUUAAUGCUCAAUAUCAGAGUCUCAUUCAACAGCAGCAGAUUCAAAUUGAGGAAGCUAUUGUGAAGGCAAGGAAGAAGAAAAUGGACCAAUUAUCUGAGAAUUGUGAGAUUGACCUUGAGGAGCUUGACAAAACUGUUCAACCUAUCAUUGAAUCAUGUACAAAGGAUGCUAUUUUGAAUGGGAAAAGCUGGAUCUUCACCCAUUGUGUGUCUGAAGAACAUUGUGAGUUGAUUGCUCAGUACUUAUUAAACAGGAUAACUGAUAAAGAUUCAACUUUUGAUGUGAAGCUGCACCUUAUUUACCUUAUAAAUGAUCUGCUGCACCACUGCCAAAGGAAAAAUGCUGAUGAAUUAAAAACCCAUUUGGAAGGAAUUGUCGUUCCUGCAUUUUGCACGGCAAGUGUUCAUUUUACAGAAGAUAAAAAACAAAAACUCACCAAGUUAUUGAACCUUUGGGAAUCUAAUAAAUAUUUUGAUACAGAAACGAUUGAGAAACUAAAAAACCCUGUAGACUCAGUAGCUAACUAUCAGGCAAACCUGAUCACCGAAUAUGGCAGCAUCGUGACUCAAAUCACUGCAGCCAUUCAGGCCCAAUAUGCCCAACUUCAGAAACAACAUCAGGACUUUGCAUCUCAUCUAAACAUUCAACUGCAACAAAGGCAACAGCAAUUACAGCUGCUGCAGCAGGGAGGAGGCCCUCCUCCACAGACUGGUCCUGGUGGGCGAGAGAAUCAGGUUCCGCAAUCCGUCCAGCCAUCAGGGGUGCUGGCAGGAGCUCCUCUUGCAGCCCCACCCCAGCAAGGUGUACCCCAGCAAGGUGUACCCCCUCAAGUACAACAAGCAGUUUCUCAGGUUCCACAGCAGCAAGGUGCUCCCCCAAUAAUGCCACCAAAUCUCCCCAACAACACAGCUUCAUCAGCUCCCCCAGGAAUCACUCCAACGGGAAUAUCCCCUUCAACUAGCAUUGCCAACAUCACGAUGCCACCACAGCAGCCACCUCCUAAUUCUCGGCCGGGUCCCUCACAGCCACCUCCUGUCAUGCCUGGAGCUACAGGACCACCUCCCCCACAGAGUAUGCCUCCACAAGGCAUGCCACCCCAAGGAAUGCCUCCACAAGGAAUGGCACCAGGAGUUCCUCCUCCAGGAAUGGCAGCUGGAGCUCCUCCUAGAGGUGCUGCUGGACCAUUUCCUCAGGGUCCUCCACCGAACAUGCCUCAACCUGGUGCUCAUGUGUCCAGUGGUACUGGUGGGUCAGGAGCUGGUGGGCCACCUCCUCCAAAUUUUGGUCCCCCAAACUUUGGAGGCCCACCUCCACCAUUUGGUCCUCCUAUACCAAAUUACCAUAGUCGACCUCCAAUACCAGGACCUGGGCCAGGACCUGGCCCUAACCAAGGUCCUGGUCAUCCCCCUCCUCCUCCCCAGCUGUUUGAAUAUGGUCAUGGAAUGUUACCACCUCCUCCACAGGAGUUUAGUGGUCCCCCCAAUGGCCCUCAUCCUCCAGCUGGUCCCCUACCCAUGCCUGAUUUUAGUAAGCCUCCUCCAGGCUUCCCACAGGCUCCACCACCAAUACCAUUACCUACAGAAAUGGACUUGACACCUUCGGUUCCUUAUUAUGAACUUCCAGCUGGUUUAAUGGCGCCUCUUGUCAAGCUGGAAGACACUGAUUACAAGCCACUAGAUUCUAAAGAUAUCCGUUUACCUCCCCCAAUGCCCCCAAGUGAACGGCUUUUGGCUGCUGUGGAAGCCUUCUACAGUAAUCCUUCACAUGACAGACCACGAGACAGUGAGGGUUGGGAAAAACUAGGACUUUAUGAAUUCUUUAAGGCUAAACAGAAAGCAAAGAAACUCAAAGACCGAGAAUUAGAAAAGGAAAAAGAAAAAGAAAAGCAAUCACAACAGACAGAUCGGUUUCGAAGCAGAUCCCGGUCCCAAUCUCCACCCCGACCACGUUCCCGCUCAAACUCUCCCAGAUCCAGACCUCCAAGAAGAUCUCAUUCCAGAUCUCGUUCCCGAUCUAAAUCCAAGUCACCUCUUCCAUAUCUCCGUAGUAGUAAAUCCAGAUCUCCUUCACCAGCCAGGAAUAGAAGACGGUCUUGCAGCACUACUCCUCCAAGUUUUGCUAAUGAAAACUUUGGACCUGGCACUUUUGAUCAACGUAUUGGUGAAGAUAAUAAAGGCCAUCAACUGCUCAUGAAGAUGGGUUGGAGUGGAAAAGGACUUGGUGUAACAGAGCAAGGCAUUGUAGACCCAAUUGCUGGAGGGGAGUGUCGGGACAGGCAAAAUCUGUACAAAGGAAUAGGCUUUGAUAUAAAAGAUCCUUUUGAACAGUUCCGGAUGAAGCAAGAACAGGUGAAAAAGGAGCUGCUCCUCCCUCUAGUGAAGGAUUGUGACAUCAACCCAAGGCCAGCAAAUAGCUCUACCACAUACAGCAGGACAACCAGAGGAAGGUUAACGCCGGAAUCAAUUGCUAUUGCCUUUUUCUCUGGUUGA